AGCCACCUGUCAGAAGUGUGGAGUUGAAGUUCCCUUGCAGCUUCUGACUGAACACAUCAAGUCCUGUGGCACCAUUGAUAUUAGCAGUGAUGAUAACCUGCCUACUGAAAACAUGGAUAGCAGUGAGACUGAAGAAAGAAAAUCAGCUAUGCAGCAAUGUCCUGUCUGCACAAAAAUGUUUCCUUGUGACUUUAUCGAGGUACAUGCUUCUUCAUGUGGUGAAAGGCUGGUUAACUAUCAGUGACCCUGCCAGAGCUAUAUCUCAGUGUGCGGAUAAUUUUCUCCGUAUUCAUGAAAUGAAGAGUCCCCUGUUCCUUAGUAUGGACAUCAGAAAAAGCCCUACUGAACAGGACAUGGCCCUUAUCUCUUUUUACAAGAGGCCUAACGUGGAAUGGGCAAGACCCCUGAAUUGCAGGCUUGAAGGAGAUACUGCUGUUGGACAGGGUGUAACCCGUUUUUAUUUCUCAAGAUGCAUGGAAAAGCUCAAGUCUGGGUUUUGCAUAAAUUUUGGAAACUCCAAUGUUACAAUGCUAUUUGAGGGAGAGCCUGGACAUUUAGUCCCUUCAGCCUCUCAUUUUCUUGUGGACAGCGAUUUGUUCAUUGUUGCAGGGAGAAUGUUGGGCCACUCUUUUCUUCAUGGAGGGCCAUGCCUGUCAGGACUCAGCCCUGCUGUUGUUCAUGUCUUGCUUGGUGGGAGUCCUGAAACUGCAACUGUUACUUUAGAGGACUGUCCAGACCUGGAAAUCAGAGAAACAAUCAGGCUUCUUGAAGGGGUAUCCAAACUCUCAGAUAAAGAUAAAAAAACUGUCCAGGACUUGGCCUAUGCAUGGGACCUCCCUUGCCUAACUGAGAACAACAGAAGAUGGCUUUUUGAGAAGCUUCUGAUCCAUGCUGUUAUCGGACGUGUGACAAGACAAAUUAAGCAGCUAAGACGAGGUCUCAAAGAAACCCAGAUGUGGACAGUCCUAACCCAACGACCUGACACGGUGGCCUUGCUUUUUCCAAAACCAGGAGCAGACAGUUUCAGCCCUGAGGAACUUCUUCAGCGUAUCACAUGGCCUCGUGAUGAAGAUGAUGAUGACGACGAUGAUUAUUCAGGUGACACCAAAAGCCGCAUGUCAGGCUAUCUUCGAGAAUUCAUUGCCAAUGCAACAUCAAUUGAAUUGACUAAUCUGGUCAAAUUCUGGACAGGAUGGGAGAUUUUACCAACCAGUCUCACUGUAGAGGUAGUCAAGAGCAGAUACCCUACAGCUUCCACCUGCUUCGAGACCUUGCGCAUCCCGGGGAUUUACAGGGAUUACACGUCUUUUCAAAGUGACAUGCUGGCCUGUAUUUCCACUUGCCAGACGGGAUUUGGACUUGUGUAAACACUUGUGACAUGUUGGCCUGUAAUUUUUACUUGUGAGACAAGGUUUAAUUUUGUAACACAAGUUUAAGCUGUUAACCGUUCAGUUCAAUAUGUUAAGCUUAAAAACCUUUAUGCUGAAUUGUCAUAUUUCUUAAAAUUAACAGAAUGAUCACUUGAUGGGGAAUACAUAGCUUCUCCAAAAAAUUCACUGGGAGAUUUCCUAAGUUUUCAAAAAGGUCCUGGUUAAAAAUCUGUAAUCUCGAAUAAACAAUUUAAGCAGAACUUUAACAUCCA